AUGUUGAAGAUUCCAAAAACUAUGAGAGCCGUCGGCCUAUAUAAAUAUUUGCCGAUAAUCGAUGUAAACAGUUUAGUUGAUGUAGAAGUGAAUGUGCCCAGUGUGACACCGUCUGAUGUGUUGGUUGAAGUCAAAGCUACAGCAGUAAACCCCAUUGAUGCGAAACAACGUGCUCCGAAACCCGACAUAGAAGCUACACCGCGUAUUUUGGGAUGGGACGGCGCAGGAGUCGUAGUCUCUAGAGGAGAAAAGCUAAUUUAUUCAAUGUUGGCGACGAGGAAAAAGCCCAAAAACUGGACAUUUGAACAAGCCGCCGCUAUACCACUGGUGACACUCACAGCCUGUGAGUCAAUAUUUGAUCGUCUACUGAUCUCAGAGAAGGACAAAGGAAAAUCAAUUUUGAUCAUCAACAGCGCUGGUGGAGUAGGAUCAGUAGCCACACAGAUCGUUAAGAACCUAGGUCUCAAAGUAAUAGGCACUGCAUCGCGCCCAGAAACUCAGGCGUUCACGCGCCAGUUUGGAGCGGACAUAGUCCUCAACCACACGCAGGAUCUGAUACCACAGCUGGAGGCAAAUGGGUUUGGAGCUGGAGUGGACUAUAUUCUUGUUAACUUCGACCCCGCACCGUACUGGGAUACAAUGAUGAAGGCAAUUAAACCUCAGGGUAAGAUUUGUAUGCUUGUGGACAGCAGCGCUCCAGUGAACAUCGCUACGUUGAAAGACAAAAGUAUAACUUUAGUUGGCGAAAUGAUGUUUACGAGAGUGAAGUACGACACCGAAGAUAGAAUUAGACAUUAUGAAAUUUUCAAAGAAGUGUCCAAGUGGAUGGAAGAAGGCAAGCUUAGAAGUCCGUUGAUGAAAACAUUGAGUCCUAUCAACGCCGCCAACUUGCGAGAGGCGCACAAAAUAAUGGAAGAGAAAAAAAUGAUAGGGAAACUAGUGUUAACAGGAUUUUGA